UAUUGCGUCAACCAACAAAAAUAAGUAUCAACAUUGAAUGAGCGAUCGAGUAAUGGGGUCUCAGUUACGAGCUCUUACUUUGUACUUUUUAAUUCUAUUCACAAAAAUACUUCUCUAAAAAUGUGAGGAAUCUUCCGUUUUCUAGGAUUUAAUUAAGAAAAAAUGUCACUUAAUGAAAAGAAACGAAGUAAGCAACAGCCCGAUAUAUAUUUAACUGAAGGUAUAUGUCGAAGUAAAUCAUUUGGUGGUUUAUCUCAUAGAAGAACCAAUUCUGCUGAUGCUACUUUUUCUUCUGGUUUGGACAUUACUUUUGAUGGAAGUACUACUAAAUCAUUAUAUAGCACUCUUGGUGCUACUUUCAGUCCAAAUUCUAGUUUAAAUGCUUCAAGAAAUUUGCCUUGGGCAGCAUGGAUUCAUGCAAUUAAAAGCUCGAAAUCAGGAAAAUAUAAUAAGUCACCUCGUCCUGAGCGUACACAAAUAAUUUUUGAUUCUAUUUGUAAGGGGCUAAAGGACAGCAUUGUUAUAGCAAAAAAUGAUAUUUCUAGCUCCAGGCUUGCAUUUGAUAAUGUUUCAGUAUCAUCUGUUAUGUCCCAAGGCAGACUGUAUGAAUUAGAGAAGCAAAUGAAGGCUGGUGAAAGAUAUUUAAAAAAGCUGGAGUUUCAUUUGUCAAAAUUGGAAGAGCUUAAAGAACAAUAUGAUGUGCAGCAUAAGAUACGAGAUGGCAUCCGCUCAAUGGGGUAUGCAUACAUUUUAUCUCCUGGGAGGCUGAAGGAUGUAGCAUUGCAAAGUGUCAAAUCAGAAUUUAAAGAAUGUACAGAAGUGAUGUGUACUUACGAAAGCAAUUUAGAAUCCUUAAUGGGAACGUUGACCUUUGAAAUGAUUGGUAUUCAGGGAUUUGCUAGAAUAUGCUGUGGGGAUGUAUUUGAAGUUAUCAUAAAACACGGAGAUCAAAAGUGGAAAACUCGAGGACGUGUCAUUAAAAAUGGUGAUCAACUGUGGGAAAAUAAAUCUAUUACUUUUAAAUCAUUGUUUGAUGAACCACUCUGUAUAAAAGCUCUGGAAGUACGAGGUUUGGGUAAAAAUAUUCUUCUGGGAAAUAAAUUUUGUGAAACACGUGAUUUAUUUUGUGCUCAUCCCCAACAGAUGACAAUUAAUCUUAAUCCAUCUGGAUCAUUAAAACUUAAUCUGAUUAUAACCUGGAACCCAUUAAAUGGAACUAGUGAUGGGAUGCAUUUUGUUGGUAUGCCUUCCUCUGCUGGGAUAUGUCAUUCGUAUGGACGGCAUAGUAUAAGCCAAUCGUCAAUACAAGAAACUGAUCAUUUAUCUGAUAUUUCAUCUGGGAAACAGAAUUUGGCCCAUGAUACUAAUAUCUGUGAUAAUGCCAAUGCAAGCUUAAGCAGUGAAAGUAUAAAUACAUCUGCUUCAAAUUCUGCUAUUGGGAGUCCUAAUGUUGACUCUAUAACCAAACCACUCCAAAUGAUUGAUUACAGUUUUAGUAAUGAGGAUUGUGAUGAAGUUAAGAAAAAGAUGAUCCUGCCAAAAAAUUCGAACUUGAAUGAUUCAUGGUCCAUCCCUCCAAGUGAUGAAAAUUCUGAUGCUGAGGUUCACAGCAUUUCAUCCUUAGAUCAGAAUUUGACGGAAGUUCUUAAGAAUUUAACUGUUAUCUUGGAAGAUAUUUCUGAAUCAUAUUCGGAAAUAGAAGAACUUUCAUCAGUUCUUGAAGAAUUGGAAAAAACUUUGAAAGGAAAAAGUCAAAGUACAUCUGGAUCGAGCAUUAGUAUUUCUAUUGAAAGUGCACUUGGUUGCUUUGACUUUUUAAAUACAGCCAUUGAUAAUGUCGAAAAUGAAGAACAAGAAAAUGCUAAUGACAGACUUUCAGAGAAUCUUGAAAUGAAGACCAUCGAACGGUGUUUGAAGUGUGAUAGUGAAAUUAUGAAUGAUGCUGAUAAACGUCAUAGUAAGCUGGACAUGAACGCUCUUAAUAUUUCUUCUGGGAAGGAAGAUAUAGAUAUAGUCAUAACUGAUCAUUUAUUGUAUUGUACCAGACUUGUUUCAGCAUUAGUUUCGGCUGGUCCCUUUAAAUGUGUUCAAGAUUCUACACUAAGGAAGUUGAGAAAACAGAUGUUAUGUCUUAAGGCACUCACGAAUGUUUUGAAUAGAUCGAAUUUUUGUAUAUGUGAUUUUUUUGAAGACAAUGAAGAAGACAUUCGUCAGAUAUGGCUGCGAAUUUGUGGCAAUACUUUAUAUUGUGUAGCAGAUCAUUUUAGUUUUGAAAUGGAAAAUGAACUUCGAUCUAUAGCUGUUUUAGACAGUUACAUGGCUUCCAUUGUUUCUCCCCGAUUGGUUUCUGAUAUUUUGGACUCCAGUCAUUUUGAUCCUACCUCACGAAUAUCAGUUCUGCAAUUCAAGUCGUAUUUUGGAACGCAUGAUAAAGCACAUUCCAUGAUUUUAGAAUUUGUUGCUGACAGCCUUGCUGCUGAGGAUUUAAAGUGUAAAGAUGUGCAGAAAGCUUUCUAUGCAGUAUCUGUACUGUCAAAAAUUGUCCCAUCUUCAUAUUCACUGUUUUAUGUUGGCACUCUGCUUAUUGAUUCAAAUUCAGAUCUCAAGAAUGUUGCAGUUACUUAUUUGAAAGCAGUAUGCACCAAUGAUGAUCUUCGAUUGAAAGUAAUAUCUUCAUAUUUAAAAAUGUUGCAAUCAGGAAACGUUGCUUCAAGAUUAAUAUCAAUCAAAGCUAUUGAAAUGUUACAGGCAAAGCAUUGCAUUGACCAAAUUGCAUACGUUGCUGAAAAGGAUAAUGAUGCUGCUGUCCGUGAAGCAGCAAGCUGUGUUCUGAACUCUAUAAGAGAAUCCUCAGCCCUAGAGAAGACAUGAUUUCAUGACUGAUAUGAUUGUUGUAUAGAAACUGUAUACAAAAAUCAUUCCCAAAGAAAACAUGCAAUCUGUGCUGAUUAGUGCUAGAAAGAUAGUCAACUUGAACUGCAUUUAAGAGCUUAUGUUUCUGCAUAAAUUCAAAUUAAUUGUAUUUUUCAAUUUAACCAAAGAUAUAUUUCGUUUUUUACAAUCAUUUUCUAUUUUUAUGAGUGUAUUGUAAAUAGUGCAGCGUCUGCUUGACAUUUGAUCAUUUUUCUUCUAAAUAUCGUUUUUAGCUUUGCCAUAUUACAUUUAUAAUUGACGGAGCUAGUACUCAUAUUAGUUGUUUUAUAAGUUUUGUUGCAUACAAAAAUUUUUUUUUAUGUUAAGAUACCAUUUACUGUCACAUUCUUUUUGGUGUGACAAAAAUUAAUUUUUUAUUUGCCGUUUGCAGCUCAGGGAAUCAAAUGCAUUCAAAAUGUACUUUUGAAGACCCUGAAGAAUUAGUGCAAUAUAAAAAAAGCAACAUUCGUUUGCUGUAAAUAUAUAUCUACUUACUUGAUGUAUUGCCUUUAUUUUGCAGACAUUUUUAUGUCGAUGGUAUUAAAAAAUCUUAUUAACUUAAAUUAAUAUUGCACUGAAGAAAGUAGAAGAAAAGGAAGUGAGAAAUUAGUAGACUUAUCCAUAAAUGCAUCAGUUUUAUAUAUUGAUUAAAAUAACCUUCCAUGGUAAAGCUGUCACAAUUUUUAAAAAUAAAUUUGUAGGGAAAAUACACUCAAGAUGAUUUAGCUUCUAAAUUCUGGCAUCUAAUCUUGUAUUUCGCCAAAUUCCUUGGAUAAAACAAAUGGUACAAAUCUGUUUAGAUUCUAUUAACGUUUAGUGCAGUUUAUUCAAGGCUAGUUUUGAAUAUUUACUUGUAUCGAUCAAAAUUGAAAAAUUAGUCUCCGAUUCAUAUUUUUUAAUGAAUCAUCAUUAGAUAAAUAUUAAUAUAUUAAAUACAAUGUUCUGUAUUCUGAAUUAUACAUAAAAUUUUUAAACAAUACAGUAUUACAAGACUUUUUUUUAAUGCUUUCACGACCUUCCCAUUACUCUUUACAAGUUUAACUUGUGCGCUUUUAAUGAAUAUUUUGUGAUUCAAAUACCGCUUUCCCAUUUUGAAAACAAAAUGAUAUUUAAUGCUUUUUAAGUCGAUUUUGCUUCUGUUUCAGGAAGAGAGAGAUUUUAUUAUCACAUUUAUGUUUUUUAUUAUUGCAUAAAAUCAGAAAUAACUAAAACAGUUUUCCCUUCUUGCAUUAAGUUUCUUUCAUACAGCUUUGACUUUUGCCUGACAUGUAUAGACAUGCCUAAUAAAUUUCCCGUAGUCUUUUCGACUUAGCUGAAAUGUAAUAACAGUCUAGUUAUAUGUCUGACAUUUGAAAAGAAUAAUCUAAAUCGAGGAAUUCUACUGUUGUUUCUUUUUACCAUAUUCAUAUAUUCACAUACGAAUGCAAAUUACCCAUCAUAUUUUGCUACAUUUCAUAUUGCAGGUACUCGUUGCUAUUUUAAAUGUUUCCCUUAGAAUGCUCGCUGUUCUUUUUACAUGACUUUAUUUUUUAAGAAAAUUGUAGUAGCUAGAUUUUCUAAUCUCUCUCCUCUUCAUUUAAAUAAAUUCUUUUGCUGUUUAUUACUUAUAAUUUCAGAUAAAAUGAAAAAUAGUUCUUGUACCUCAUACUGAUUUCCUUAAAUAUGACUCUUGAGGAUUUUGAGAUUUCAUGAUUUUUUUCCCUCUUGAACUUUACAUGAAUUCUUUUGUGAAACAAAUAGUUCUUGGAGAUACACUGACAGCUAUUUUCUUAAUUCUGUUAACAUUUCACUAUUAAAUUUCUGCACUUAUCUGGUCUUGUUAAUUAUCAUGUUAUGUUGCAAGUUUAUUAUGAUUGUUAUUAUUUGUUGAAUAUUUGAGGACUUAUUUGCUGUGAAGUUUUAUUGAUAAAUGCUUCUGCUGCAGCAUAACCUGUGUUCAUAUUUAUGACAUUGUCAUUGAAAGCAUUUCUUGAAUAUUAAUUUCAACUGCACUUUUUUUUUCCCCCCGAUUUGAAGAAGUUGCUUUUCCGCAGUUUUUGGGUGCAUUUAUCUGGUAAAUAAUUCAUUGGAAUUAUUUGCUUAUUGAAUUUAUAUAAAAAGAUGACCGUAUCAAUAUUGCUGAACACUUCUUAAAUUUUUAAUAAUAGUUUUGUCAAAGUUAUGCAAGGUAAAAUUUGAGAGAAAAAUUUUGUAAGUUACAUUUGAAUGUUCGAUGUUAUUUGAUAUCUUCAUUCUGUAGAAAGAAUUUAUUUAUUUGAUUUUUAAAAAUUUAUUAAUAUUAAUAAAUUUUUAUGUGCGUAUAAUUUUAAGAAGUUUUAUUAUAUGACCAAUGCUGAAUUAUAGGAAUCAUUAUAUUUAUAUAGAUGAGUGACUUAUACAAUACGCUUUAAUAUACUGACAUUUAUUUAUGACUUUUUUUCAUGUAAUCCGAUGUUAUGACAUGUACAGCUAGAGCUUUAAGGUUGUUCAUUAUGUGUAGGUAUAUACACAUGGAAAAUGUGUAUACUUACUCAUAAAUACUAUCACUUUUAAAUGCCAAGUACACUAUUUUACAUAAUGGGCAACUAAUUAUGUACUUUGUAUUGAUCUGUUGUAGUUCAUAGGACUUAUUUUCUCAGUUGCCAUAAUUAAUUACCAAAGAUAUUUAUGAUCAAUUAUGCUUAUUUUGAAAUAUUUUUGUGAUAAAUGUUCAAUUCAUACUUUGUUGUAAUUUUUAUGCUGUUUCAUUUGUAUUUCUUUUUGAGAUAUAUUAUUGUUAGAUGUCAAUAUUU